CCACAAAUCAGUCCAUUUGUACGUCGCAUGUCAGAGAGGACCAGUUAUAUGUAGUCUGUGGCACCGCAUAUUUGCUAAUUAGGUGCAUGUACAAGGAUCAUAUUCCUUGUUAAACGUCACCUUCUUUACAUUGCAAAAUUGGAAUAAAAUAAGUCGACCAUGAAAUGAAACGCGGCUCAGUCUACUUGCCACGCUAUGAACUGAACGCAAUUAAAAAGACACACUCCAAUUUGUUGGACCUUAUAUUUCUCUCAUUGCUUCUUCAAAGUCCGACCAUCAGACAGACAACAUAAUGAAUUAACAAUCAGUAUUGCCCACACAGUGACAUCGGUCAGGCACUUUUAUCUAUCUAAUUUGGUGGUACAUUAAUUUUUACAACUUGUUUUUUUAGUAUUUCAUAUUUAUUAAGGCAUCUGUUUGACAACAUUGUUGUUUUACAAAUGAAGAUCAUUGUUUUAGUGGUCUCCUAAAAGUGCUUUGUAUUCGUGUACCUCUUGUUGUGACCAGACCAAAAGUUUUUAGAAAUGUGACAGAGACAGAUCAUCAUUUCACAACUGCAUAAAUGCCGUGGGUUGAAAAUGCUCGAAUUGGAAUUUUUAAUUCUGUUAAGUGUUUGGGUUAAUACUGCAAUCGCUAAUACCCUCUUUUCAACCUACUCACAAUCUGCCCAAAAUUUUCUACUCUCGACGAGCGGAAGUGGGAGGAGCGACGUGGUUGGGAGAGGAGGAGGGUGGGGAGACCAUGGAGUGACCUCUUUCUUGGACAAGAUUGCGUCUCUCUUGACCUUUCUCUCAUUUGGAGUUUUUCUUCUCAACCUUCUUUUGAAUGCUCUUUUGUUGGGAAGCACGCUAUUUGGAUUGCGACCUACCGGCACUGGGACAGGAGGAGGAACCGGAACUGGUGGAGGCACAGGGGGUGGAACCGGUGGAGGUACUGGAGGUGGAACCGGGGGUGGAACCGGGGGUGGAACCGGAGGUGGAACCGGGGGUGGCGGUGGAGGUACUGGAGGAGGUACAGUCACCGUAGCCCCCAUUUUGACGGCAACGGGAACUGGAUCUGGCGGAACGAUAAUUGGUAUUACAGCGGGGGGAAUUACCAUAACAGGAACGGGGGACGGGACAGGUGGGAUUUCGGUGGGUCGUUCGAGAGGAAAACGGUCCACAUUGGAGGCAAACAUUAAGUCGACUCAAAUAGCAAACUUGAUGGCCAGGGAGCUAAUGGUCAUGAUUGAAUCGGUGGUUGCUGCCGAUGAGGAGUGCUUGCCCCAACUGCUCUGCCUGGUCAACCGGAGAGCGUCCAUUGCCGGAAGCGGAUUCCAAUACCUGAUGCCAUUGUGCAGUGUUGGAAUCUCAUAUUUUGGAGGACUUGGACGCAAUAUGUCGUCAUACAUUGAUGCCAUUUACGAUGGAGUAGAGGAGCAUAAUUGUAACGAGAAAUAUUCACAGUGCAACUAGGACAUUUUACACAUGCACUUUUGGAAACUCUACAAUGGGGCAUAAAUUAGGUCUGUGGUGUUUGAAUGUGCAGAUGUUAUUUGAAUUUAAAAUGACACAAUCAGUGGUGAAGGGUUACAAAAGAGUUGUGUUUGUUGUACUCCAAUUCAGGAGAAAUGUACAUUUUGAGAAAUAAAUAACCUGUGUUUGAAA